AUGGACAAACAAGUGCCAGCAGAAAGGUCCAAGCAGCAACAGGACUUUGUGACGUUCUAUGACUUCGUCGUUACAUACAUUGACAAGUUGUUUGAUUUUUCACCAGAAGAUGGAUCGUUGUCAGGCGGUGGUUCCCAUGGUGCCGCGCGCGGGCGAGGGCGGGACCGAGCGUCAUGGGCGCGCGGGAGGGGGCGGGACCGAGGCUCCGAGCGUCAUUGGGCGCGCGGGCGGGGGCGGGACCGAGGCUCCGAGCGUCAUUGGGCGCGCGGGAGGGAGCGGGACCCGGCGGGACCGAGGCUCCGAGCGUCAUUGGGCGCGGGCGGGGGCGGGACCCGGCGGGACCGAGGCUCCGAGCGUCAUUGGGCGCGCGGGCGGGGGCGGGACCCGGCGGGACCGAGGCUCCGAGCGUCAUUGGGCGCGCGGAAGGGGGCGGGACCCGGCGGGACCGAGCGUCAUGGGCGCGCGGGAGGGGGCGGGACAGAGCGUCACUGGGCGCGCGGGAGGGGCGGGACCGAGCGUCAUGGGCGCGCGGGAGGGGGUGGGACCCGGCGGGACCGAGGCUCCGAGCGUCAUUGGGCGCGCGGGCGGGGGCGGGACCCGGCGGGACCGAGGCUCCGAGCGUCAUUGGGCGCGCGGGCGGGGGCGGGACCCGGCGGGACCGAGGCUCCGAGCGUCAUUGGGCGCGCGGAAGGGGGCGGGACCCGGCGGGACCGAGCGUCAUGGGCGCGCGGGAGGGGGCGGGACAGAGCGUCACUGGGCGCGCGGGAGGGGCGGAAUCCGGCGGGACCGAGUGUCAUUGGGCGCGCGGGAGGGAGCGGGACCCGGCGGGACCGAGGCUCCGAGCGUCAUUGGGCGCGCGGGCGGGGGCGGGACCCGGCGGGACCGAGGCUCCGAGCGUCAUUGGGCGCGCGGGAGGGGGCGGGACCCGGCGGGACCGAGGCUCCGAGCGUCAUUGGGCGCGCGGGAGGGGGCGGGACGCGGCGGGACCGAGGCUCCGAGCGUCAUUGGGCGCGCGGGCGGGGGCGGGACCCGGCGGGACCGAGGCUCCGAGCGUCAUUGGGCGCGCGGAAGGGGGCGGGACCCGGCGGGACCGAGCGUCAUGGGCGCGCGGGAGGGGGCGGGACAGAGCGUCACUGGGCGCGCGGGAGGGGCGGAAUCCGGCGGGACCGAGUGUCAUUGGGCGCGGAAGGGGGCGGGACCCGGCGGGACCGAGGCUCCGAGCGUCAUUGGGCGCGGGAGGGGGCGGGACCCGGCGGGACCGAGGCUCCGAGCGUCAUUGGGCGCGGGAGGGGGCGGGACCGAGGCUCCGAGCGUCAUUGGGCGCGCGGGAGGGGGCGGGACCCGGCGGGACCGAGGCUCCGAGCGUCAUUGGGCGCGCGGGAGGGGGCGGGACCCGGCGGGACCGAGGCUCCGAGCGUCAUUGGGCGCGCGGGAGGGGGCGGGACCCGGCGGGACCGAGGCUCCGAGCGUCAUUCGGCGGGGGCGGGUCUCUGUGCGGACGAACAGCAAGGUGAGAGGCCUCGGGCUCGGUCCGGCCCUGACCCCGGUCCGCUCGGUCUCACGGUGCCCGGUGAGAGGCCUCGGGCUCGGUCCGGCCCUGACCCCGGUCCGCUCGGUCUCACGGUGCCGGGUGAGAGGCCUCGGGCUCGGUCCGGCCCUGACCCCGGUCCGCUCGGUCUCACGGUGCCGGGUGAGAGGCCUCGGGCUCGGUCCGGCCCUGACCCCGGUCCGCUCGGUCUCACGGUGCCGGGUGAGAGGCCUCGGGCUCGGUCCGGCCCUGACCCCGGUCCGCUCGGUCUCACGGUGCCGGGUGAGAGGCCUCGGGCUCGGUCCGGCCCUGACCCCGGUCCGCUCGGUCUCACGGUGCCCGGUGAGAGGCCUCGGGCUCGGUCCGGCCCUGACCCCGGUCCGCUCGGUCUCACGGUGCCCGGUGAGAGGCCUCGGGCUCGGUCCGGCCCUGACCCCGGUCCGCUCGGUCUCACGGUGCCCGGUGAGAGGCCUCGGGCUCGGUCCGGCCCUGACCCCGGUCCGCUCGGUCUCACGGUGCCCGGUGAGAGGCCUCGGGCUCGGUCCGGCCCUGACCCCGGUCCGCUCGGUCUCACGGUGCCGGGUGAGAGGCCUCGGGCUCGGUCCGGCCCUGACCCCGGUCCGCUCGGUCUCACGGUGCCCGGUGAGAGGCCUCGGGCUCGGUCCGGCCCUGACCCCGGUCCGCUCGGUCUCACGGUGCCCGGUGAGAGGCCUCGGGCUCGGUCCGGCCCUGACCCCGGUCCGCUCGGUCUCACGGUGCCCGGUGAGAGGCCUCGGGCUCGGUCCGGCCCUGACCCCGGUCCGCUCGGUCUCCCGGUGCCCGGUGAGAGGCCUCGGGCUCGGUCCGGCCCUGACCCCGGUCCGCUCGGUCUCACGGUGCCCGGUGAGAGGCCUCGGGCUCGGUCCGGCCCUGACCCCGGUCCGCUCGGUCUCACGGUGCCCGGUGAGAGGCCUCGGGCUCGGGCUCGGGCUGGGACACCCCCACCCCCCGCCAUACUUGUCCUCACCUUCUAA